CUGUGGAGCAGCGGGAGGCGACGCUGCCGCCCCCUUGGCUCUGCAACCCCUCGGAGCUGCCCUCUGCGAGAGGGGCGAGCGGGCAGCAUGUGGCAGAGCAUCGGGCUGACCCUGCUGGUGAUCGUGGCCACCCUGGCCUGCGUGCUGCUCUUCAUGCUGUGCGGCUGGUAUGUGGUCUGGCAAUUGUUUUUGUCAAAGUUCAAAUUCCUGAGAGAACUGAUAGGUGAUACAGGGUCCCAGCAGGGGGACAACGAGCCUGCAGAGACAGAAGCUGAACAGGAGACUCCACCCUCACCACAGAGAAGUAGACAGAAAUCUGCUCGACAGCGAAGGGCACCCGCAGAAGAGACAACUUAAAAUACUACAUUGAACUUCUGGCUAACUAUGAAUGGUUAAGCAUCUCUGCGCUGUGUUGUUCAAUGGCUUGACCUUACUGAAAAACUGACCUAAGAGGUAAUAUUAAUACCUGUGGACCUUUGCUUUGGAACUGUCAAUACUUGCUACUUUGGUAGAGGUUCAGGGAGGGCUUCAGCAGCAAGUCAUAGAGUACUAUAAGAAACAAGGGGUGGAGAGGGAUCUCCGUCAGAAAAAUGCUGAGCUGCUGUAGCUCCUGUCCCUGUGCACAGAUGAAAAACAGGUCCUGGACCAUAGGCUUAGCCUUUGCAUUUGUCUGAACAUAAUGUUUCAGAGCUGAAAUGGCUUCUAAAUUAUUUUUUUCUUUACAGCACUGCAACUACGUGUAGUGAAAUUGAGUUUUAUUUCUUUAGCUAUAUAUGAAUAUAUAUUUUUUUCAACCUUGAGAAUGCAUGUGAACUCGAAAAACAGUUGAAAGAACAUCCUGCUUUAGAAAGUAUUCUAAAGUGAAACUUUGUUAUUUUCUUAUCUCUAUAUAAGUAUAAAUGAAAUAUGAAAACCCAAUAUUAGAUGAACAUGGGAGGUUUUAAUUGUUUCCUUAAAAGAAGGCAGAACAGGAAUCUGGUCAUAAGAUUUGUUUUCUUGCUUUUGGCAUAAGAACGGUUACAGGUAGAACAAUCAUGAUAGAUUUCUGUAUGUUCUUCCUGAACCUCUUACUCCAAGUCCAACUUAUGUUGGAGAGGGGAAGAUGCCUAGGUUAUGUAUCUAUGGUUUAGUAAUCUGAAGUGUCAUCUUUGGCUCUUGAAUACUAAGUACUUUUCUAGCUCACCUUGAACACUCUUACGUCAGGUAUUUUGGUACCAGACCUAACUUUUUCUCUGGAACCAGUGAAGGCAUUCUUACCAGUUUGGUAGACAUCAUCUAACACUUUGAUAGUGUUACAGCAAUGAAUUUAAUGAAUUUGGUACCUCAUGUUUGGGGGACUUGCUGAUCUUUACCAGUCACGAGUUCCUGGUUUUUGAGAGUGAGUUAUGCAGCUAUUCUGACACUGCAAUUCAGAAUUAAGAGUUCCAGUUCUGUUUAUCUAGCCACUCUGAAAAUUGAUGCAUGAGAUCUUUGGAAAGAAGAGGACCAUGCAUGUUCCACCUCCAUGUGCAUGGUGGGGGGAACAAUCGAAAUGUCUAUUUCAUGAACAGCCUCAGUUUUCUCUCAGAACCUGGAUAUGUGGUAUUGUUUGGAUCACUGUUCAUUGUAUUAAAACAAACAAACAAAAACAACAGAAACUGCUAAACAGGACUACAAAACUGAUCUUGUACUGGCAGCUGUUAUGAAGUUUAAACCUGUAACUUCUAAACUUGCGGUUUUGGUUCACUUAUGCAGCUAAAAGCAGCAACAUUUAGGUUUUUCAUUAAGUAGACCUACUUCUGGGAAAAGAGCACUUCUUUGGUGCCUUUGUUUUAAUUUCUCAUCUGUGAAUACUAUUUAAAAGUUACUGAGAGUAUUCACCUUUAUAAAUGACUUGGAUGCUUGAGCAUUUAGAUAUGUAAGAUCAGCCUGGACCUUCCUUUGGAACCUGAAAGUCAUCGUUUUAGUUACUAGCAUGUACGUAUAAGCAUGCUUUAUAUCACAGGGUUGCACUUUAAAGCAUGACUAGACAGUGCACAUAUCCUUGAAACACAUGCAGAAAUAUAAGAAAUCUCCUUCAUCUAUCCUGAUUGCUGACAAGGGAAUUCCUAAUGAUAUUUUCUUCGCUAGUAAAAUUCCUGUUUACUCAAACUGAGCAAAAGCAAUCAGAUUCUUUUCCUUGCUGCUUUCAGUUGAUUGCAUUGCACAACUUAAUGUCACAAUAUUCUUGUGUCUGUAUGUCUUUUUCACAUGAUGAGACUUUCAGCUCAGCAGUACUAGUCAAAUCCUGGAGCAUUUUUCUAAAGGAAAAUGUUUAGCAUCUCUGUCUUUGAGCUUUACUAAUAUGGGCUUAUAAAUAAAGAUAUUUUUUUUUUGCCUGAUGUAGAAUCUUGACACUCCACUGCACUUUACUUUUGCCUAGACAUAAAUCCAUUGAAGAUGGCAAAAUGCUUAUGCUUGUAAUAUCUCCAUCUGAGAUAAGGAGCAGUUAACUCAGUCUCUGCUUCUGGUAGCUGUGAAGACAUGCAAAGUUACAGUGAUAUAUGUAGCUCUCCAGAGUAGUUUUAAAGGUGCAAGAAUCAAGACUCCAGAGCAAGUUAAUGAAGGAAGAUCCAUGCAGGUUUGAAUGCUGACACUGAUUUAAUAUGCAAUUAGAUGGUAGUUUAAAGCUAAUGGGUGUAGUAUCUCUGGGUAGUUCAUCUGCUCUAGCCAAACAGUUCCCUUAUUUGCAGAUUGUAAGUGUAUGUUUUGUUCCCCAAAAUUAUUUUCAGUCUCUUUUAAACAGCUGAUGCUAUUUUUUUAAAGUUGCUGUGACAUACCUGCCAAUAACACUAUCUGCUUAGUGUAUAACAUUCGUGAUCUUACUAGUAGCAGGCCAGAGGCUUAUAUUAUGAGGUUAGGAAGAAUUUUAUAAUGGUAUCUUCAGUCAAUAUACAGUUUUUCCUGAGAGUCGGUAGUAAAAUCUCUGUGCAGGGCACUUCAUGCAAACCUGUAAAAAUGAAGCUGAGUGUGUGCAAGCAUACUCAUGAUAAGACCUGGGUCGUGAUUGCUGGCAGUCCAAUAUACUCAUGUCUUUGAAUAUUUUUACCAGUGUACUUUGGAACUGUUACUGGUGAAUAAGCACUUAACUUUGAAAUGACCUAUUCAAGUCUGAAACCUUAUGAAGACAUGUUAUGUGGUUGGUCUUGUUUUGUUUAGUAGGAGCUAUUUUCAAAACUGUUCAUUGCCUUAUUGUUGCAGCCAUUCUAUUGAAUGUACUUUGGGUUGGUUAUUUUAAAUAUAUUCAUAUCACUUUUGUUGCAGGGGCUGUGUAACUUUUGAAUAAACAGUGAUUACUUGCGUUGUAUGUAAUUAGUUAUUUGAAAACAGUUACUGCCAGGAAGCUUGGAACAAAUAUAGUACAGAGUGGUGAAAGAAUAUAGAAAAUCUAUUGGUAAAAUAUCAGAGUGUAGACAGUUGUUGCUGAAUUGCAUAAUUCAGACCUGUUAGGGAGCCAAUAAGGUUGUUAUCGUGGUGAUCUAUCUAAUGUUUGCCCAUAAGGUUAAUUCUAUGCAGUUCAUCCACUGAGCACUACUGCUGUAGCUGUUUGCAGUAAAUGCCAUAUACUGUGCUGUAACUCAUGAGCAACUUGCUGCUUAACAUCAGGUUUUACACUGAACUAGACCUGUGUAUGUAAUUCUGUCUUGUUUGGAAAUGACCAGCAUAAAAAAAAAGAAGUGUUUAAUGUGGUCAUUUGCUUCUUCAGUGUUAAGAUACUGUACCUAAAGCUUCUGUGGUUGUCUGUUUUCAUCUGUUUAGCUUCUGUUUUAACUGACUGCACAGAUAAAAAAUAAAAUAACCAGACUUGUUACAAAUA